AGGCGCAGGGACAGAGGAUGACUGAAAAAUGCCUGCAUCAAAGACACUAGGGGAAAAUUUGAAUCUGUAAUGCAUCUGAAAAAAUAAAUAAAACAAACUUUACGUCAGAUAGGGCUGUGCCAAUUUUAUCCAAAUGGUAUGCUGUAGUAAACGUGAACAGAGCCCCUGAAAAGAAAAAAACAGGCAGAAAGUAAUGUCAUCCCAAGGGAUGGGCACCCCGAGUGACCCUCUCCUGACCAGUCCUGGAGGGGGUGUCAGCUCGGCUCAGGACGGGACCUGGAGACCGUCGAUGCCCAAGACCUCCAGCUUCCCUUCAUCCUCCACCCGCCACCUAAGCCACCGCGCCAACAAUUUCCAGAGGCACCCAAAGCGUAGGAAGCUCAUCCGACCAUCCCCGCCGCCUCCCCCAAAUACGCCAUGCCCCCUGGAGCAGCUGGACUUGGCUGAGCUGCCCCCCCGGCGCACCUUCUCCGAGCUGCUGUUCAAUGGCUGCAUCUUAUUUGGAAUUGAGUUCAGCUAUGCCAUGGAGACAGCCUAUGUCACCCCUGUCCUACUACAGAUGGGCCUGCCUGACCAGUUCUACAGUCUGGUGUGGUUCAUAAGCCCCAUACUGGGGUUCCUUGUUCAGCCCAUAUUGGGAGCUUGGAGUGAUCGCUGCACCUCCCGCUUUGGCCGUCGACGCCCUUUCAUCCUGGCUCUUGCCAUUGGAGCUCUGAUGGGACUGACUCUGGUGCUGAAUGGGCGGGACAUUGGAGCUGUGGUGGCCGACACUGUGUCCAAUCACAAGUGGGGGAUCGCGCUGACAGUGUGCGGGGUCGUCCUGAUGGACUUCAGUGCCGAUUCUGCGGACAACCCCAGCCACGCCUACAUGAUGGAUGUGUGCAGCCCCGAGGACCAGGACCGUGGGCUCAACAUACAUGCCCUUUUAGCAGGGCUGGGUGGCGGUUUUGGCUACAUCGUGGGCGGGAUCAACUGGGAUCACACGGAGUUCGGGAGGUCGUUGGGGGGUCAGCUAAGGGUCAUUUACAUGUUCACCAGCAUCACUCUGGUCGCAGCCACGGCGAUGACGCUCACCAGCAUUCCCGAGCGACCCCUGGCCCAGGCACAGCCCCCGAAGAGCUCCAGGAACGCACUAAAGAGCCCCAGCCUCCCCCUGCCGCCUUCUCCCCCCGCUGCCCUCGGCAUGGGGCCUGGGGAAGAGGAAGAAGAGGAAGAAGGUGCCCGCAGCUACCAGUGCUACGAGCCCCACCCCUGUCAGCCCGACUUGCUGGCACACACGUCCAGCGCCAGCGAGCAGCUGUACGCCGGUUUGACCAGUCCCAUCUCCCCCCUCAGCCCCCUCACGCCAAAAUAUGGCAGUUUCAUCAGCCGCGACAGCUCUCUCACAGGCAUCAAUGAGUUUGCCUCCUCCCUGGGCACGUCCUACAUUGACAGCGUGCUCAUCGACUGCUACACAGGCCAGCAGACGCCCCAGCCCCUUGACCCGGAUGCCGCGGCCCCACCCAUGCCCCCCGGAGACACCCCGCCUCCCCAGGGUCCACUGGCUGGAGGGGGUUUGGAGGGGGGCGGUGCCUCUGGCAUCCUGAAACGGCCCCAGAGCCUGGCCCUGCUGGACGACCCCCUGCUGACCACCACUGUGGGGACGGAGAGCGGCCGCAGGAGGACGGUCACCUUCAGUCAGCAGGUAGCCAACAUACUGUUGAACGGGAUGCGGUAUGACAGCGAUCUAAGUGACAGCACAGAAACCGCAGACACACAGCUGUCUAUGAAGCUUCUGUGCAUCGCCAUCUACAGGAUGCCCCCGUCGCUGCGCAGCCUCUGCACCAACCACUUCCUGGGCUGGCUAUCCUUUGAGGGCAUGCUUCUGUUCUACACUGACUUCAUGGGAGAAGCUGUGUUUGGGGGGGACCCAAAGGCGCCCCAUGACUCAGAAGCUUACCGCCGCUACAACGCUGGGGUCAGCAUGGGCUGCUGGGGAAUGUGUAUCUAUGCCUUCAGUGCAGCUUUCUACUCAGCCAUUCUGGAGAAGCUAGAGGAGCGUUUCUCCCUACGCUCUCUGUACUUCUUUGCCUACCUGGCAUUUGGUCUGGGCACAGGCCUGGCCACCCUCUCCACGAACCUGUACGUGGUGCUGUCCCUCUGCACCACCUAUGGCGUGCUCUUCUCCUCACUCUGCACCCUGCCCUACUCUCUGCUAUGUGAAUACUACCAGAGCCCACAGUUCUGUGGCUCCUCGGAGGGAGGGACCAGGAGGGGGAUGGGUGUGGACAUCUCUCUGCUCAGCUGCCAGUACUUCCUGGCUCAGAUCCUGGUCUCCGUGGCGAUGGGACCCCUCACCUCACUGGUGGGGGGGCCGCAGGGCGUGAUGUACUUUGCGAGCGUGAUGUCGUUUGUGGGCUGCCUGUACUCGUCGCUGUGCGUGGUGUAUCAGCUGCCCCCCCCUGAGGGUGAGCUCCCCCAGAGUGAGGCCCAGCCGCUACUCGUUCAGAUCUAACGCUCCCCUUCCUUCCCACAAGCACACACACACACACACACAAACACACUCACACACACACACACACACACACUCACACACGCGCACACGCACACGCACACAUGCUCACGCACACGCACGCACGCACACACGCACGCACACACACACACACACGCACGCACACACACACACACACAAACACACUCACACACACACACACACACACACACACACUCACACACGCGCACACGCACACAUGCUCACGCACACGCACGCACGCACGCACGCACACACACACACGCACGCACACACACACACACACGCUUCACCACCUGCACUGCACUCCUUACCUCCUAUCUCCCUCAGAGCAAACAGACAGACAGACAUUACUUUGUGUAUGUGUGUGUGCUGCAUGCAUUUUUUAUGUGCGUGUGAAUUUGUGUGUAUGUGCUUGUGUAGGCGUGUGUAUGUAGGUCUGAAUCUGACUCUAGUCUCAGUGUAUCUACACAGUGCUGCUUGCUUCCGUUUGGUUGCGGUUGUGUCAUGCUAUGGACAGGAAGUGUCUGUUUGUCUGUCCAUUAAGCUACAGUACUCAGUAAGUGCAAACGUACACAUCAGGGCUGAGUUAUUGGACAUUUUUAAAUGAUUCCACCUCUUUUCUGAAGGACCAGUCUUCAAAGUGAAAAUUACUAAUCAAUCUGGCCAUGGGUGACAAUAUUUAUUGUUGUAUCAGAUUUCCAGGAGCACUGUGUGCUCUUGUGUUAUCAGUAUAAGAAAUGCCUCUGAAUCUUAUUUAGAAUCUUCUUACAUUUAUUGGGCAUUAUUAUUUUGGUGGCCCUUCACAAACAGACUGUUACAGAGGGAUGGUCCUACUCUGAAUACCUGUGAAUGAACAGCUGCUCAAACCUGAGUCCUGAAAGCCUGCACUUUCUGAAGAGCUACUCAGCUCUAAAACCAACCCAACAUUGAGUAGCCCAAUGAGCCUGUCUGUCUGUCUGUCUCUCUCACCCACAGUAGGUAAGCUUUUAAGGAUAACUGUUUGAAUGUGUCACAAUGACCCACCCUGUCUUGCUGCACUAAACACCAGUAGGCGCACAGACGCAUAAAAUACGCACACGUUACAUGUAGCGAUACGCAUAAACAUAGGAGACAUGCAUGUGCACUUUCACACGUGUUGGGGUUUUUGCGCUGCUGUACUUGGGUACAUGAGAGCAGAGCAACAGUGAGUGAGUUCCAGGAAUAGUUGCCAGGAUGCCCACUGAAUUGAACAAAUCAUCCCAUCACCAGGGCUCUCCACCUUCACAAAGUGACACGCUCUCACGUGGGCGUGCAGUCUCAUAACACAAAAUACUCAGUUAUGCUGCAGGUGACCCCUCUACCAAGCCCCACAGGGAUGUUAUUAUCAUUAACAUGAUCAGGUGAAGGUUAAUGAGUGUUAUGAUAGUGCUUAUUAUCAUUAUUAUCAGGUGGAGCUGAAUGAUGGUUCCUGAAUCUUCAGAAUCCUUUUUUUGCUUCACACUCAUAUCUGUGCUGCACUCCCAUCUCGUUGGGAGGAGAGUGGAGACAAGAGUCCUGAUUCAACAGUCCACUGGGAAAGGAUGAUAAACUGUGCUGCUGUCUGGAGCCCAGCGGCUGGAGAGGAAGCUGGCAGGUCCACAGACGUCUGCACUUUGGGAACUGGAGACCAGCCGUACCGGGGAUACUCCUCUUGGGCACAAGGGGGCAUUGCUUCCCCACGGCUUUUUUUUUUCCACAUCCUCACUCCUGGACUUCACUGCCCAAACUACUCUCUGAGGCCUGCUCUUACUAACCUCGACUCACACACAGCUUUAAGUAUGCUUUCAUCAUGGAAUGCUUUCUAUAAAGACUUUCAGUCCUUCUCUGGGGACCCUCCCUGCUAGAUAUAAUGAAGUGUUUUGUUGUGCCUGACUGAAAAUGUCCUGUCCAGCAAUGGAGCCCCGUAGGGGAACAAUUAAGCAAUUCAUCAAAGGCUGCUUCCGUAAAGCUUUAAAAAAAAAAAAAAAAAAAGAAACUUUAUUUUUUUAAUUUCUUUCAUUUGACGUUACGCUUUCUAUCAGUAUUACAAAUUACUUCAUUUUGUGAAAUGCAGAUACGUUUUAUUUUGUAUUUAAAUUCAUCUUAACUUAUAAUAAAAAUCAAAAGCAGUUAA